AUGAGUCAUAGAGGAAUGGACCGCGACGACGAAGACGACGAGGAUUACGAAGAGCAGGGUGUCGAUUUCGACGAAGAUGAAGCGGAUGAGGAAGAGGAGGAUAGAGGCGGUGGAAAGAAGCGGAGGAGAUCUAGUUUUAUCGAUGAUGAUGCAGAUGAGGUAGAUGAAGACGAGGAGGAAGAGGAUGACGGCGAUGAUGAUUAUGACGGCGGCGGAAAAACUAGCCGCAAGCGGCAGUAUAAGAAGGUUUCUGCUUCGAAUUUCUUUGAUGAAGAGGCUGAGGUUGAUACGGAUGAUGAAGAGGAGGAAGAAGAAGGCGAAGACGAUUUCAUUGUUCAGCCUGAAAAUGACCUGCCUGAGGAAGAUGACAAUAGAGGGAGGCCACGUCAUAGAUUGCCGCCCCACCAAGAAGACCAUGAAGAUCUUGAAGCUGUGGCAAGGAGCAUACAAGAGAGAUAUGGAAAGCAUCGGUUAGCAGAAUAUGAAGAAGAAACUACAGAUGUAGAACAACAAGCACUUUUGCCGUCUGUGAGAGACCCAAAGCUGUGGAUGGUCAAAUGUGCGAUUGGCCGCGAGCGUGAAACAGCUGUUUGUCUCCUGCAAAAGUACAUAGAUAAGGGAUCUGAGUUGCAAAUUAGAUCAGCUAUUGCUCUCGACCAUCUAAAAAAUUAUAUAUAUGUGGAGGCAGAUAAAGAAGCUCAUGUUAGGGAGGCUUGCAAAGGUCUUCGAAAUAUAUUUGGACAAAAAAUAACACUUGUCCCAAUAAGAGAAAUGACUGAUGUGCUAUCAGUUGAAAGCAAAGCCAUUGAUCUUGCUAGAGAUACAUGGGUUAGAAUGAAGAUAGGCACGUAUAAGAGGGACCUCGCCAAGGUAGUGGAUGUUGAUAAUGUGAGGCAGAGGGUUACUGUGAAACUAAUUCCGAGAAUAGACUUACAGGCUCUCGCAAACAAGUUGGAAGGUAGAGAAGUUGUGAAAAAGAAGGCAUUUGUUCCCCCUCCUCGUUUUAUGAAUGUUGAUGAAGCUAGGGAACUGCAUAUCCGUGUGGAGCAUAGGCGUGAUGCCUAUGGGGAACGGUUUGAUGCCAUUGGUGGUAUGAUGUUCAAAGAUGGGUUCUUGUACAAAACUGUAUCUAUUAAAUCCCUCAGUGCCCAGAACAUCAAGCCUACGUUUGACGAGCUCGAAAAGUUUCGAAAACCAGGCGAGGGUGGAGAUGUAGCCAGUUUGUCAACUCUGUUUGCAAACAGAAAGAAAGGGCAUUUCAUGAAGGGUGAUGCUGUUAUUGUUGUCAAGGGUGAUUUGAAGAACUUGAAGGGAUGGGUAGAGAAAGUGGACGAGGAAAAUGUCCAUAUAAGGCCAGAAAUAAAGGGUCUUCCUAAAACUCUUGCAGUAAAUGAAAGGGAACUUGUUAAAUAUUUUGAACCUGGAAACCAUGUUAAAGUUGUUUCUGGUGCUCAAGAGGGUGCGACUGGCAUGGUUGUAAAGGUGGAGCAGCAUGUUCUUAUCUUAAUAUCCGAUACCACAAAGGAGCAUAUCCGUGUGUUUGCAGAUGAUGUUGUAGAGAGUUCGGAAGUAACCACCGGUGUGACUAAAAUUGGGGACUAUGAACUUCGUGAUCUUGUAUUGCUAGAUAAUUUGAGUUUUGGUGUGAUAAUCCGUGUAGAGAGUGAGGCAUUUCAGGUUCUUAAGGGGGUUCCUGAUAGACCUGAAGUUGUGCUUGUUAAAUUAAGAGAGAUUAAGUGUAAGAUAGAGAAGAAAAUAAGUGUGCAGGAUAGGUUUAAGAAUACAAUAUCAUCAAAAGAUGUUGUGAAGAUAAUUGAUGGUCCCUGCAGAGGCAAACAAGGUCCUGUGGAGCACAUAUACAGAGGAAUAUUGUUCAUCUUUGAUCGCCACCAUCUUGAACAUGCGGGCUUUAUAUGCGUUAAGGCCCACUCAUGUGUAGUUGUGGGAGGUUCCCGCUCCAAUGGUGACAGAAAUGGUGAUGCGUACGGAAGAUUCUCCGGUCUUAAAAAUCCACCUCGCAUUCCACCGUCCCCAAAGAGGUUUUCUCGAGGAGGGCAUCCGUCUGAUUCUGGAGGGAGGCAUAGGGGUGGUGGAAGGGGGCAUGAUGGUUUGACUGGUGCAACUGUUAAAGUUCGCCAGGGUUCGUAUAAAGGUUAUCGUGGGCGAGUUAUAGAAGUUAAAGGAACAUUUGUUCGGGUUGAAUUGGAGUCUCAGAUGAAGGUUGUAACAGUUGAUCGCAAUCAUAUAACUGAUAAUGUGGCUGUUACCCCACAACGUGAAACAUCUCGAUAUGGGAUGGGAAGUGAAACCCCAAUGCAUCCAUCUCGAACUCCUUUGCAUCCAUAUAUGACUCCGAUGAGAGAUCCCGGAGCAACUCCAAUUCAUGAUGGAAUGAGGACACCUAUGCGUGAUCGUGCUUGGAAUCCUUAUGCACCAAUGAGUCCUGCUAGGGAUAACUGGGAAGAUGGAAAUCCAGGCUCUUGGGGAGCCAGUCCACAGUACCAGCCAGGAAGCCCUCCUUCCCGAUCAUAUGAAGCCCCAACUCCCGGUGCUGGUUGGGCUAGUACUCCCGGUGGCAAUUAUAGUGAGGCUGGAACUCCACGGGACAGUUCUGCCUAUGCAAAUGCUCCUAGCCCAUAUUUACCAUCAACACCAGGUGGGCAGCCUAUGACACCAAAUUCUGCAUCUUAUCUUCCUGGCACCCCUGGAGGACAGCCUAUGACUCCAGGGACUGGUGGUCUAGACAUGAUGUCCCCAGUAUUAGGUGGGGACAAUGAAGGGCCUUGGCUUAUGCCAGACAUAUUGGUCAAUGUACACAGGGCUGGAGAAGAGUCUGUAGGAGUUAUAAAAGAAGUUCUUCCGGAUGGUUCUUAUAAGGUAGCUCUUGGGUCUAGCGGAAAUGGUGAAACAUUAACUGCUCUUCCUGCUGAAAUGGAGGCUGUAAUUCCUAGAAAGUCGGAUAAAAUAAAGAUAAUGGGUGGGGCGUUGCGUGGUUCCACUGGAAAGUUGAUAGGUGUGGAUGGCACUGAUGGCAUUGUUAAAGUAGAUGAUACACUGGAUGUGAAGAUUUUAGACUUGGUUAUUUUGGCAAAAUUAGCUUAA